AUGGAGUCAGAGGAUGAGCCAUCGCGCUCGCGAGUUGAAAUACUCAACCAAUAUCUUUACAAUAACACCACUGCGACAGACACGCUGCAGGUUCGCGAAUCCAGUAUCCCCAACGCUGGUGUCGGGUUGUUCACCACCAAAGAUAUCGGCGAGGGGGAAGACCUAUUCCGAUCUCUUCCUUUAGCCACAUGCGUCGAGGGCGAGGUUCGCAGCAGCGUCUGUGACUUUUGCUUCAUGGACAGCAAGAGUAAAGUGCACCCAACCGGCCGAUUCAAAACAGCAGAAGACCAAGUACAGGAUCCUAUGGCCUGUAGCGGGUGCAAAUAUUGCCGAUACUGUUCCAGACUCUGCCAGAGAAACGCGUGGCGAGCGUACCACAAAUACGAAUGCAGUACGCUUGCGAAAGGUCCCGAAGCUUUUCCCAGUACUAGGAUCUUGUACAGAAUUGUUGCCCAGCAGGCUCAUCAACUACUGUCACCUGAGCAAUGGGAAGCUUUAAUCGCGCUCAACCCGAUGAUGAGCAACCAUCUGCGUGGACCUCAUGCCAUAACAAUAUGUGAUGUAGGAUUACAAGCAAAGAUGCUCUUCGUCGAGUCGGAUGCCGAAGUAUCGGACAUGGUGGCGCUGUACUGUGCCAUCUUAACGAACGCCAUGAGCGUACGGGAAGCUGGCGGCGGCUAUUCAACGGGAAUGGCAAUUGAUAUUCCCAUGUCGACUAUAAACCAUUCGUGCGAUCCAAAUACCGUCGUAGUGUUCAAGGGCAAAGAACUCCGCGUUCAUUCGCUGCGACCGAUCAAGGCUGGUGAAGAGAUUCUACACUGCUAUGCAGAUGUCACUGCGGAUGUGCUGCAGCGUCAACCCAAUUUGAAGGAGACAUACUCGAUCGACUGUGAAUGCACAAGAUGCGUCGAGGAGCUCCAGUCGCAUAAUGACAGGUGUAAUAAUGACCAAGCCGCCAUUGAGCGUGUUCGCGAGAUACAGCAGAAAAUGUAUGAUUUGGGGUCCGAUGAUAAGGCUAACAAGGCCGACGAUCCGGCCUCGUGGAACAUAGAAGGCUUGGAAGUGAGAUUGGGAGAUCUUGCCAACCAAGCCCUUCCUCAUUCACGCUGGCCAAACACAUUGGAGCCGCUACCGAGUAUGUGGAAAAUGCUAGGUGCUAUGAAAACUUCUGACUACAUGAAUUCCGUCAAGUACAGUGUCAAGGGCUGCGCAUAUACCCAACGUAAAAGGGGGCCAGCAUGGGCUAAGAUAUUGAUGACCUUGGUGCAAGCUCUUGCCCGGGUUGCGAUACUACCACCCUACCACCCCGCAUUCCAAGACCGGACCUUCUUGGCCAGAGGUGAGGCUUGGAAUGCAUACGAAGGGUAUCUAGGAUUCCUGUUGCCCGCGGCAGAGAAGGCUUAUGGGAAGGACAUGCUGUGGUGUCGGGCAAUUCGGAAGUGGCAUGAUGACGUUGUUCGGGAUGCAGAGAACCCACGCCCGGGUACGGCGGCGUUCAAGAAGCGGUUCCGAACUGCUCAUAUGAAACUUUUGGCCUUCGCGGGUGUGGAGAAGGGUCAGUGGGAUCUAGUCUAGGCGGUAAAUAAAGGGGCGCUGGCAAAUUGUCACACUCUUAGGCGAGUUAGGAAUCUAAACUUGAUGUCUACAUGUCCUGGAUCUAGCAUUUUAUCGUCUGAGAAAGAAACUUUAAGAAAACUUGGGGAUCUCAGCUCUAAUCGAAGCCAUCUGUUCUAUAUCUUCUUGCUACUAGUACCGUUGUCAUAGAUUAGUCCCGGCCGCAACGAUAGUUAGGGGUCGUGUGGUCUGCAUACAGCCCUGAGAACUCGGCUCCACACUUCCCUACCUUCAGCGCAGAAAAGGGGAUAGGACUUUGAAUAGGUACCUAAUUAAUAGGUACCUUCGAUGGGCAGGA